AUGCUCUCCCGCCGCCUCCUUAUCGUCUCUCAAUCCCUCCUCCGUCGUUCUUCUCCUCUCGUCACGUCAUCUGUUUCCACGUCAUCAGAAGCUCAAGUCAUCGAUACGGAUCGGAUUCAGAAGGAGGUGUUCAAGUCGAUUUCAGAAGAAGUCGCCGAGAAUCAACGACAGAGAUUGUUUGCAGUCGUUUAUGUGAAUGGAAGACAGUGGAAGGUAAGCGACGGUGAUCUGAUCAAUCUGGAAGGGAAUCUGCCUCUAAACGUCGGCGAUGAAAUCAAAUUGGAGAAAGUGUUGAUGGUGGGCGGAGCGAAUUUCUCACUUUUCGGACGGCCACUUUUGGAUUCGAACACCGUAUCAGUGGAUGCGGUGGUUGUUGAGAAGAAGACGACGAAUCCUGAAUUGAAAUAUGUUCAUCUCAAUCAUCAUCAGACAAAAUUUCUGAAUUGGAAAAGCGACGAGGCGACAGUGCUCCGAAUCAAGAGUGUGACGGCGAAGGCAGUCGAGCAAUGA